AUGGUAACCAUGGCAGACGAUAAAAUCGUCUAUUUCAACGGUCACAUGACGCCUGCCGAUCAGGUGGGCAUUUCGAUCUAUGACCGCGGCUUCUUAUACGGCGACGCGGUGUUCGACGCCACUCGUACCUUCGGCGGCCAGACCUUCCGACUGGAUCGGCACAUUGACCGCCUGUACAACUCUCUCCGUUACCUGCGCAUCGAUGUCGAAAUGAGCAAGGCGGAGAUGACGGAAGCCACCGAAGCGGUGGUCGCGCGGAAUCACCCCCUGCUCCCUCAAGGCCAGGAUAUGUGGGUGAUGCAGCGCAUCAGCCGCGGAGUUGAAGGACCUGAUCGCGUCGGGGGGAUUCAGCCCACCAUCAUCAUUGAGAGCCAUGCAAUUCCCUUCGCCGCCCGUGCCCCGCUGUAUCGGGACGGCGCCCGUAUCAGUACUCCGUCCGUUCCACGCAUCCCUCCCCGGUUCCUCAGCCCCCGCGCCAAGACCCACAACUACCUCAACCUCAUCAUGGGCGAACUGGAGGUGCACGGCGAAGACCCGGAUGCUUGGGCGAUUCUGCUGGACGAAUUCGGCAAUCUGACUGAGGGUCGAGGCAGCAACGUCUUCCUGGUCAAGGACGGCGCGGUAAUGACGCCCAAGUCGCAGUACGUGUUGGAGGGAGUGACCCGAAACCAGACGCUCGAACUCGCAGAUGGGCUCGGCAUACCCACCACCGAAUGCGACAUUGAUCUGUACGACGCCUACACCGCCGACGAGGCAUUCCUGACCUCCACCAGCCUGUGCAUCUGCCCCGUGUCAGCGGUCAACGGCGCAACCGUUGGCGAUGGCGACGUUCCGGGGCCCGUCACCCACCGCCUAAUGAGCGCUUUCAGCGAUCUCGUCGGCAUGGACUUCGCCGAACAAUACCUUGCGUACCUGCCUGCGUAG